CCUCCCCCCCAUCUUUGAGGCGAACUUUGAUGAAAGAGGCCACAGGGGUGUAAAAGCGUGUCCGGUGUCCCUUGGUGUUUGCUGGUAGUGACGCUGAUAAGUGGUGCCACUCAACGGAAAACGAAGCGUAUCUAAAGAUAAGGUUUCCAGCCGAUUCGUUCGCCCAAAGCAAACCACGCGCAGUGUAAAAACGCCACCGUUGCCCGUCACGAAAGCACCCACAAAUGGGGCCAUCUAGCAGCGUACGAACGUUCACCGUGGUGGUGGCAGUCCUGGCCACGCUGGCUAAUGGCCACUCCGACACGAGCAGCGUCCAGCUGACGAAGGAAAACUUCGAGACCGAGAUUGAUGGCAGCAACUACUUCGUUAUGUUCUACGCACCAUGGUGCGACUACUGUAAGAAGUUAGCCCCAACCUGGGCCUCGCUGGCCGAAGCCCGGAAUGUAGCACCGGACAGUCCGGUGCGUAUCGGACGCGUCGAUUGCACCACCGAUGGAGAUCUCUGCACGGAGCACGACAUCACCGGCUACCCGAUGCUAAAGCUAUUCCGGAAGGGAUCUUCCGGUAGCGAGAGUGGCACCAAGUAUCGCGGGGGUCGCGAUCUCGCUCAGUUUAACGCAUUCAUUAGCGAGCAGCUUGAGGUGGCAGGCGAACCGGCUGGUGCGGAUGAUGAAUCCUCGCAACACGGUGACGGUCCGGACGCUCCCGCUGUGCCGGUGUCCCCGCUAACCGAGCUCACGGAGGACACGUUCGCAAAGCACGUGUCCAGUGGCAAGCAUUUCGUAAAAUUCUUCGCACCCUGGUGCGGCCACUGCACCAAGCUCGCACCGACGUGGGAGGAGCUGGCGCGUAGUCUCGAGCAGGAGCAGGACAUCCGGGUGUCAAAGAUCGACUGCACGCAGUAUCGCCCUAUCUGCACCGAUUUCGAGGUGAAGGGCUACCCGACCUUACUGUGGAUCGAGGAUGGCAAGAAGAUCGAAAAGUACACCGGACCGCGGACACACGCCGAUCUGAAGCAGUACGUCGCCAAGAUGGCCGGUGGGCUGCGAGCGGCCACGGUUGAGGAGGGUGCUGGGCAGGGUGAGGCGGCGGGUGGGACGCUUGAGGCGGCGGAACGGGACGACAACAAAUCGGCGGUGGUGCAGCUUGGGGAGAGUGAUUUCGCGAAUGCGAUCGCUCGCGGUGUCACGGUGGUGAAGUUUUACGCACCCUGGUGUGGUCACUGUAUGCGUCUGGCACCGACCUGGGAGCAGCUGGCGGAGAAGCUAGCGUCCCGGGGUGACGUCACGAUCGCCAAGGUGGACUGCACGGUGGACACGAAUAAGGAGCUGUGCGGCGAGCAGGAGAUCAGCGGUUAUCCGACCGUGUUUCUCUACCGGAAUGGGGAGAAAAUCACCGAGUACUAUGGACGUCGUUCGCUGGAGGAUUUGCAUGAGUUUGUCAUGCAACACCAGCAGGAUGAUGGGCAGCAGCAUGAUGAGCUGUAAGGUCCGCACUCUUCUGUUCCCUCCCCGAAAGACGCAUUUAUCCCGUUUUGCGUUUCUUAGAACCUUUUCUCCCACCCCCUUUCGGCAACCAAUUGAAUCGAAGCUGCGGUUUUGUGUUAAUGUUUAAUUUUUAUUGCAAUAAAGUGUACCCACAAACCGGCGGGACGAUUACGUCCUGGCGCGAACAUGUUUGUUGAAAGGGUAGUAUCAAUAUAUGUGUUAGUUUGAACAAUGUUAAUACUAUAAACGAAACUGGAAAUCAAGCAACACGCUUGGUAAGCGCUGCGUUAAGGCAGAAGGAAUGAUCGUAUCCAUUGGAUCGAUGCUUUUCUGGAACGUUUUUAAAGUACAAGCCGUUACUACUCGCUUUCAUCAACAUCGUAAUCGACGCCUUUCU